UAUUUCAAGGGUUCUAGAAAGAUCGUGAAAAGUGCCACUUUUGACUUCCUCUCUCAAGAGAAACUUAUCACUCCUUAUCAACAUGGUUUCAUGAAGUCACGUUCUUGCACUACAUGCCACUUACAAUUUUUCGAUCACAUCUCACAACUUAAAGAUUCCAGUAUGGUCACAGUUAUUGUAUACUUAGAUCUUAGUAAAGCCUUUGACACAGUAUGCCACCGACUGUUAAUAUCAAAAGUCAAGUCUUAUGGGAUCCAAGGUUCUUUGUUAAGCUGGUUCAGUUCAUUCCUAAGCAAUGGGAUACAAAUGGUCAGGUUAGGCUCCCACACAUCCAACCCCGUUCGACUUGCCUUGGCCCCGUUCGAAGUUUGUCGUUUUUUCCGCGUGGUUUUCGUUUUUAUUAUUCUUUCUAGUACUCCCACUUUUCAGGAUAUAUCCUUAGUGUCACCGAUUACUAAUACAAAUAGCAAUAUUUGUGUUAUAUCUGGACCUACCUUUGUAGUCACUGGAUAUUAUCCUUGCUACUUUUACUGUUUCAGAUUACUGAUUAAGGUAUUACCACAUCGAGCAUCUGACUCUCAGUGCCUAUAUUACUCUUGUCUUUUGUUUUGAUAUAAAAUCAAACAACCUAAGUCUCAUAUACUUGCAGUCCGACAGUUCUGUAUUUAAUUUAUACAAAAUGCCAGUUAAACUAUCGAAGCGUCGUGCUUCAUUAUCGGCUGAAAACUUCAGCAAAAGACAUAAAUCUAGCAAGCCUAAACAGCAUGGCACUACACUUUCCUCUGAUCUGACACAGGUGCUAAAUAUGUCAAAAUCGGAAAUCAUUACCUUUUCACCUUCUUGCGUUAUAAAUGAUUUUAUCAGGGAUAUUUGCAAUAGUACAGGUUGUGAGCCAGGCAUUUUGGAUUCCUACCAAGUCACACUCGCUGUUAAUAAAAAGUCUGACACCGGCUCCUCUGAUGUGGUUGAAUCUACACCCUCCAUUUGCCCUACUCAGUACUGUCAUUCAGAAUGUCCGAACAUACAUGUGGCCUCACUAUCAUCUAUACAUACUAAUAUCAAACCUUUUGACUGUGACAAAAGGAAUGUUAACUCCCCCAAAUGCUUAGUAACCUUAGACGUUGACCUUGAUAAUCAUUGCAAUACACAGGCAGAUUUACUGUCAUCUAGUUCCAUUCAAUUGGACUCUUUUGAGCAGGCUACACAUAUGCCGGCACAGAGGGCAGAUUGCAGCACCACCGCUACUCUUAACGAUAAAGCCCCCCAUCGCAAAAAUUUCCAUCGGUCAUCAGUGACCCAUGGACACCAACCUAAUGCCAAAUUUGAAAAAACAAAUUGCUCAUUGCCUACACAAAACACAUCCAACCAAGCCAAUAGCCUGGAAAGCACAAACAUCCUUCCGUUAGUCCAUGAUCUCUUACCCCUUAGGUAACUGAUAUAGCCUGCUGACUAUCCUGACUAUGAUACGCUACAGUCUUGUGAGAGAAUUAUAGACCAUAUUUCCACAGAAGUGAUCAAACGGGUUCAGUGCAUGUAUAAUGCAACUGUUUUCAAUGUGUCCGACAGUACGAACAUUAAAACAUUGAAAAACGCACUUUUAAAGGCAUGCGAAAUACCAGAUUCCCAUUGUACCUGCAAACGACUGCGUAAAAUCUUCAGCUAAUACAUCUUGUCCAAUAAUGUUUGAGUUUAAUAGCAUUGUGGAUGCUAGCCGCUUUGUAAAUAACCAGCAUUUCUUUAGGAAAGCAAGUAGCUUUAAAAAUGUACGUAUUAUUCACGACAGGACACCAAUCCAGCGUCGUGCCAAACAAAGUAUCCC